GAAAUUACAUUCUCUUCUAGUCUUUAUCAGUUGCUGGUGGAGGUUGCCUCUCUCUAUCUGUCUGUCUUUCUCUCUCUCUCUCUCUCUCUGAAAGCCUGAGCCAUUAUCCGCCUUCCCUUUUUCGCGCAAAGCUUUUCCAGCAAUCAAGCUUCCACUUAAAAGAUAAAGUUUUCAGAGAGGAGAACAUUUGAGAGAGAAAGACAGAAACAUAUAUUAUUAGGGCAUGUGUGUGUUUCUACUCAUUGCUAUUUCUUUGCUUCUUAUUUAACCCUAUCUUCUCUCUCUUUCUCCAUUCCUAAACUCUUUCUUUUUCUUCUCUCUCUCUCUCUCUCUCUCUCUCUCUUUUUCUUUCUUUCUUUUCGUCUUCCUCGGGAUCUGAUCUUCCUCUCUUCUGCUCUUUCUCUCUUUCUACAUUCAUCGAACUGUACAAACACUUCAAUUCCCGAGGAAUACUUUCUUUCUGUGUUUUUUUGUCUGGUACUUGUUAAAAAGGUGAAAGAGAGUGACAAAAAGCUCUGUUCGAAGUGUCUCUCAGUUAUCUAUAUUCGAUCGAGCAGUUUCAACCAGAUCUAAGCAGGAGUUAUCUUAUCAAGGUAUUUUUUUUUUUUAGUACUUGGAAGAGUAUGAAUACCUUCUCACAUGUUCCCCCAGGCUUUAGAUUUCAUCCGACGGAUGAGGAACUUGUCGAUUACUACCUCAGAAAAAAGGUAGCUGCAAAAAGGAUUGAUCUUGAUGUGAUCAAGGAUGUUGAUCUUUAUAAAAUAGAGCCAUGGGAUCUUCAAGAAUUAUGCAAAAUAGGAACUGAAGAGCAGAAUGAAUGGUAUUUCUUUAGCCACAAGGAUAAGAAGUAUCCUACUGGAACUCGAACUAAUAGGGCAACAAAAGCUGGAUUCUGGAAAGCUACAGGAAGAGACAAAGCUAUCUAUUCUAGGCACAGCUUGAUUGGCAUGAGAAAAACCCUAGUCUUUUAUAAAGGAAGAGCUCCAAAUGGACAAAAGUCAGAUUGGAUAAUGCAUGAAUAUCGACUCGAAACAAAUGAAAAUGGAACUCCUCAGGAAGAAGGAUGGGUUGUAUGCAGGGUGUUCAAGAAGAGAAUGCCAACAAUGAGGAAAGUUGGCGAGUACGAUUCUCCUUCUUGGUACGAUGACCAAGUCUCCUUUAUGCCUGAACUUGAUUCUCCUCGGCGAAUUGCUCAACCUUAUACAACAUACCUUCACCACUAUCCUUGCAAGCAAGAAUUUGAAUUGCAAUACAAUAUGUCUCAUGACCCAUUUCUCCAACUUCCUCAACUAGAAAGUCCCAAAAUUCCACAAUCAGCUGCAAGUGCCAAUUGCAACUCAUCGGUAGUUCCAUAUGGUUAUGACAGGAAUAAUAAUGGAAGCACUUUGCAAUCUUCAACUCUUACACAGGAAGAACAAGUGCAACAAAGCCAUCAUCAUCCUAAUUUGAACUCAAUCAAUUACCAUAACAAUGGUGAACAAGCUGUGGAUCAAGUAACAGAUUGGCGAGUCCUUGACAAAUUUGUUGCAUCUCAGCUUAGCCAUGAAGAUGCUUCCAAAGAAGCUAACUACUCAAAUUCUGCCGCCUUUCAUGUCGUUGAACAGAUCAAUAUGCUCUCUAGUGAGUCUAAAAGGCCUGAAGUUGUGCAGGAAUACGCCUCAACGUCAACAUCUAGUUGCCAAAUUGAUUUGUGGAAGUGAUCAAAGCAUAUAUAUAUAUAUAUAUAUAUAAAAUAUAUAGUUACUAGAGGAUGCAUACUAAUUAAUUAUAGAUACUACAGUUAUAUAUAUGAAAACAAGUCUUGAGGAUGAUCCAAGUGGCUGUACAUAAUAAAACUAAAAUGGGUAUGCCUUUUUUUUUCAUUAUUAUUUAGCUAUUAUUGGACUUAUUGUGUCCAUGAUAAUAUUGAUGAGAAAUUACUACUGGGCAACUAAAGAGAGUACAAAUGCCAACAGAAAAUAAGUUAGUACUCUCUGUAUGGCUGAGCUUCAUGAGGACUGACUCAGCCGUUGAAUGUUGAAUGCACCUUAAGCCUUCAAUUUACAUUUGAAGGUUUUUUUUUAUUAAUAUUGUAACUGUUUUUUUCUAUUUAAAUUUUUGUAUUUCUGUA